GCGAUCGAACACCCAUGACUGCGUGCUAAAGGUGCGGUUGAAAGGUCUUCCUCUGGCCCCUGAAAGCUUAGCUGUGGUGUGAAAGGAAGUAGCUAGUGAUGACACAUGUUUUGGAGUGGAGCAACAAUGUCAACACUCACUAAAAUUGCCAGUAGGGUUUAUGCAUGAUUCCAGCUGGCCAUUCCAAAUUAUGGCAGGAAAAAAAUUGAAACAAACAAAAAAAACCCCACAAAGGUCCCAAUUUACUGGGGAGAACAAAAGACUAAGACCAUCUGGAACUGUGAGAAGAAUUAAAGACAAAUGAUAGUUUGACAGGAGAGAACCCAAAAACCAAGGUAAUUUAUUGGGAUAAAUCUGUACUGUACAUAUACUGAAUAAGAUCCUAUAGGGAGGGAUUGCUGAACAGAGAGGUGUGCCAUAUAUGACAAUUGACGAUGCACAUUAUGUGUGAUCUGCCAUCAGCUUACCAGGAACAAAGAGGUUAUCAUUUGUCCUGUUUCAGCAACAACAGGAUGGCCACAAUGCAAACACAGCGCUUUCAUUUCCUUAUUCAGGAAGCAUUCUGAGCAGCCUAGUCAGACCGCCUUCCUAUGAGCCCACGUUUCUCCUUACACUCCCCUCAUGUAAAUGGUAAAUGGCAGGCAUUUAUAUAGCGCCUUUAUCCAAAGCGCUGUACAAGUGAUGCUUCUCCAUUCACCCAUUCAUACACACACUCACACUCACACACCGACGGCGAUUGGCUGCCAUGCAAGGCCCCGACCAGCUCAUCAGGAGCAUUUGGGGGUUAGGUGUCUUGCUCAGGGACACUUCGACACCGCCCGGGCGGGGAAUCGAACUGGCAACCCUCCGACUGCCAGACGACUGCCCUUACUGCCUGAGCCAUGUCCCCUCUCUGCCAGAGCCCCCCCCCCUACCUGGAGGAGUCUUCCUGGGCCCCCUGGGGAGCCCCCCUUCUCUGACAUUUGUAGGAACUACAACUCCCACAAUCCCACAGGACAAUUCCGCAAUGUCCACCCCGCAUGAUGUCUAGUCUUGGUUCAGCCAAUCCUGUAAUGGGAUCCCUCGCUUCCUUCUCUUGUUCAUUCCCUUCUUCGACGCACCCUUUUUGGCCAUUCACUUCAGCACAUCUGCUCCGAGACUCGGACAGAGGCUGAAUGCUGCACAACGCACUACCAGGCCUACGGACACACCUAGUUACCUUGCGGUAACUUUGUGGCCUAUAGCGAGUGGAAACUGGUACGCGGAACGCUACAUCAGUUCACCCCUGCAAAGCUCACCAAGGAACAACAUCAACAAACCUUUCCACCCGGAAGAAGGACCAGCGAACAUCCUUCCAGCAACUGAGUGGACCAGACAGCAAUUUGUGCUCGAAAGGUGGGAAGACAGAGAAGAGUCCUUCUUCAGACAUCUGCAGAGUCUCUGGUACAGCGUUGGGUGUACCAUAGGUAGCCAUGGACGAGUAUGAUGAAUACCCUGAAGACUAUGAUGAGAAUAGCUCCAGCGUCUACACAGAACUGCUCUACCCUGCCCCAUGCAACCUGGGAGACACCUUGCGGUUCGGCCAGCAGUUCUGCCCUGUGGUGUACAGCCUGAUCUUUCUGCUGGCGGUGGUGGGCAACGUGCUGGUGCUGUGUGUGGUGCGACGUUACCGCCACUCCGGCCGCGCCCCGUGCUCCUUCUCCCUGACGGACACCUUCCUGCUGCACCUGGCCGUGUCCGACCUCCUGCUGGCCCUCACGCUGCCCUUCUACGCCGUGCAGUGGGCGCGGGAGUGGGUGUUCGGUGUGGCGGGGUGCAAGCUGGCCGGCGCCGCCUUCUCCGUCAACCUCUACAGCGGCAUCCUGUUCCUGGCCUGCAUCAGCUUCGACCGCUACCUGGCCAUCGUCCACGCCGUCAGCGUGGGCUGGCGUCACAACACGUGCCACGCGCAGAUCGCCUGCGCUGCCAUUUGGGUCGCCUGUCUCGGCCUGGCCACCAUCGACUUCUACUUCAGGGACGUGGUGCAGCUGCCGCGGACCAGCACCCACGUCUGCCAGCUGGCGUUCUCUCCAGAGAGCUCGGCGACCUGGCAGGUGAGCCUGCAGCUGGUCACCAUGGUGGUGGGCUUCGGGCUGCCCCUGCUGGUCAUGCUCUACUGCUACGUGCGCAUCUUCCGCUCCCUGUGCCACGCCACUCGCCGGCAGAAGCGCAAGUCCCUGCGGCUCAUCGUGUCCCUGGUGGCCGUCUUCCUGCUGUGCUGGGCGCCCUACAACAGCUUCCGGUUGGUCGACAGCCUGCAGCGGCUGAGCGUGAUUGGCUCGGGCUGCGGUCUGGACCACGCCCUGGAUGUGGGGUCCCUGGUGUCGGAGAGUCUGGGCCUGUCGCACUGCGCCAUCAACCCGCUGCUGUAUGGCUUCGUGGGGGUGAAGUUUCGCAGGGAGCUCGUGGAGAUGUGGAAGGAGAUGCUGGCGGCCUUCGGCUGGGGACCGAGAGUCAAGAGGCAGAGGGCCCCUGGGUCCUUCAACUCCGACAGCGAGAACACCUCUUAUUUCUCUGUUGUGAUGUGAACUUUGCUAUUGACAAAGUUGAUUGAUGAAGUUGAUUGAUAACGCUUCAAACAAUGACAACAAUGACAACGACAACAGCAAAAAAACUAACUAACCCUGCUUUAAUUACCUAGCCCAAGUCUGAGCUAUAUUGCUGUUUAUACAGGUUCCAAGCUCACCUCUCAGAAACACCCAAACCUGACAUCUCAAUUGAACCCCACAGAGCCAUGCUACAGGUUGUGGUGAUUCUUUACAUUGGCUGCAUAUACAGUACUGUGCAAAAUGGCAGCAUAUUAGAUGCUAUCAGAUAGCUUAUCAUUACUCAGCCCAGUUAAAAUAGCUAUUUGCUCAUAACCAAGCUUUUUCCAAUGCAAAUGAGACAUACAAAGAAUAUGUGAAUACAAUGAAAGAACAAAUGAAUACACUUGAAUUCAGCUGGUUGGUUAAAGAAUUUUGUAGCAACCAGAACAGGGUUCAAACAGUAUUGGUUUUGGAUUCAAAUGCUUUUCUGCAUGUGACUAAGCUUGCCUGGUGUACUGGAAUGAAAUGACAUGCUUCCAAAUGUAUAAACCCUGCCUAUCUGCUCCUCAUUGCAGGCUGAAAUGCACCAGGCAAGAUCAAUAGAUCACGGAAAAGUAUUUGAAUCCAAAAACAAAUUCUAUUUAAACCCAGGUCUAGAUCUAGCUAAAUGGUAUACCUUUAAGUCAUUGCAUUUCUAUGGAAAUAGAUGGUUUAAUUUCAGUGGCUGCAGUCUACAGAAACCACAGCAACACUCCCCAUUUGUUUUUCCACUAUAGCUCAGUGAUGUGGUAACCAACAGCCCAGGAACCCCAAAGACGGAAUGCCAACAGCAGGUCCAGUAAAUGACUAUUUAUUCACCAGUGUGCGGACAGGGAGAGCAUCUCAGGGGCAGCCCUCGAGAACUCAAAAUAAUUCCCCUAAUACAUCCCUGGUUUAUGACUGACUGAAAGCCAAUACCCCUUAAGACAUAAUCCACCAAUUAUGACCCUGCUUUACUUUAACAUGGUUUGACCAGCUCAAGAUAUGUUUUUAAACAGCUGGUAGCUGGUCAUUUCAAGCUGGUCACAGCUGGAUUUGACACCAGUGGGUUGAGUAAUUGCUUUUUCAGUACCAGCCAUGAGAACACAAUCAGUGUGAAAGGACUUUUUGCAACAGUGAGAAAAGAGGACAUGAAACAGACAGUUACGACUUCCACUUCUUCCCAGUCUGAAUGUGUGACGUCUGCAAAGGCCUGUGGGCUAUAGUGGUCAUUCUGAUGAGCCAGAUCAUCAUAUUUCUAUGUAUGUUUCUGUGAAUUCACGUGAUGUGGCUUGGAAACC